AACAGUUACAGCAAAAGUAGCGCGUCAUCAUCUUCUACCACUUCUAAAGGAGGAAGAAGAACUUUGCUGGACGAGAUUGACGAAGUUUUUCCGCGUAGUGCCUUGGUGAACUUCUUUUUAAGGCGAGGACAUGGCGGGAACAACUAGGAGAUCUUCUUUAUACCGUGAUAGAUUUUUCAACCUUGAAAGGCUCUUUUUCUUCCGUCUUUUUCUUCAUUCCUCCUACUUGGGAGAGUGCUGAGAGACAUGAAUAUGAUCUAUAUCAUGAAUGAUUGUUGAGGAAAAUUUGACUCCAAGUAUAGGAACAUGAUCCCAAGUAUAUCAUGAGGAAAAUAUGACUCCAAGUAUAUGAAUGAUUGCUGAGGAACAUAUGACUCCAAGUAUAUGCUGAGAAAAAUAUGAAUGAUUGCUGAAGAGCAUAUGACUCCAAGUAUAUGCUGAGAAAAAUGUGAAUGACUGCGUAGAUGAUGAACUAUUGUGUUGAGCUCGACCCGAAGUAAAGAUACACUGUAUUUUGUCGACGUCUAAUCUUUACCACGAAUCGCCAGCGCUUUUAUCCCGGCGCGCUGCUUCAUUGCUUAGAAAAGGUUUCUCCGAGCUUGAAAUCAGCAUCUUCGAGACCAUUUCCCAUGCGGCCUGACUUGAAACGUCGUGGGGGUGCUCCACUUCGCCGGAACCAAAUGCAGAAGGACGCGCUACCGCUUUUGAUGGAAAUAGUAAGGAAGCUGGACCAGUUCGCGCCGGCUGAACUUUUACGUUAAGGCUACCGCUGCAGCAUGUCUCCUGAGUUAUCAAGUAGGCCUUUUUGGAAAGGCUUCUUUUUCUACUUGAAAACGGAGUGAAGGAUGUUGCUAUCAAGUAGGUCUGAUCCUUGGAAAGGCUUCUUUUUCUACUUGAAAACGGAGCCAAGGAAAGGCUUCUUUUUCUACUUGAAAACGGAGUGAAGGAUGUUGCCCCCAGGUUUUCUACUUGAGAACGGAGUGAAGGAUGUUGCCCCCAGGGAGAGAGGUUGCAACGCGGUAGCGUAGCUCUAAUCACGAACGGCACAAGUGGCCCAUUGUCUCAACGACUUUGGGCUUCUCAAGUCGUUGGAACCGUUUCUACGUUCUCACAUUCCUGGGUACGGAGCCAAAG